AGCGGGGAGGCGACUAUCUAAAAGUGGUACUCCGCACUCGAGAAAGGAAUAAAAGAAAUUAUGUCAACCGCGUUGGUACACGCGUCCACUCUCUGCUGUCUCUCUUCUUCGUCCAAGCUCAACCCCUCCUCUCGCACUCCCAUGGCCACCACUGCUCGCAUCGCAGUCGUCGGAGACGUCCAUGAUGAUUGGAAUCUACACGAAGAUACAAAGGCACUUCAGUUUUUGCAGGUGAUUUUGGUAAUGAGAAUGUUGAACUUGUCCAAAGUGUUGCAAGUCUUGAAUUUGCUAAAGCAGUUAUUUUGGGAAACCAUGAUUCCUGGUUCACUCAACAGUUCUCUGGCAAGAGGAAGGAUGGUGUUCAACUUCAGCUCGAAUGUUUCUAGCAGACUAUUACUUCAAUAAAUAAUGAGAGAUCUAAUUCGUUACUUGUCAGAAAUAAGAGAAAGCUAAUACCAGAAGCUUUGGGUAUGCAUAUUGGAGGAAAAGUUCUGAAAUUAUUGAAGAUACUUUAGCUGUAUUUACCACGAUAUCAAAUUUAUUAUUGAUAGCUGCUCACUCCUGAAAUACCUAAUGUGCCAAUGUCAUACCUUAAAUAUGGCCCCCAAGUCUUGGGCCUGUAGUUUAUACCAGAAUUCUCCAUCACUCAACUCAAAUGGCUAUCCUUCUCUUUUUGGUUGCUAAAGAAAAUCGAUAUAGGAUUCUUAAACUGUGUCUGGAGAGACCAUUACUUGCAAACACUGCCAGUUAUGGGGGAAAGAAAAAGAUAUUAGAAAAGGACAUAGCAGAAUUCAUGGUGUUGCUAGAAGUUUCUAGUGAAUGUUUUAAAAUAACUGAAAAUAAUCUGGUAGAUGAAUAUAUUGAUUGCUGCUGAGAAGAUUACACUUCAUUCUUGAAUUGUUUAAGAAUUUUGUUAAAGCUGAAAAUAGUUUCACAAUGAUCAGUCUUGGUGAGGAGCACGUAGCUUAUCGGCAUUUAGACUUUCCUCUGAUGAAAUUAAGUGUCGUGGGUGGACGGCCAUUUUCUUGUGGAGGAGAGCAGAUCUUUCGGAAAAGGCUUCUGUCUGCAAGAUAUGGAGUCCAAGACAUGGAUGGAAGUGCUAAGAGAAUUUAUGAAGCUGUUUUGCGCGUGCCAGAGGGUCAUAUAGUUGUAUUGCUUGCACACAAUGGCCCAACAGGUCUGGGUUCUAAUGUGGAUGACAUCUGUGGAAAAGAUUGGGUCUUUGGGGGAGGUGACCAUGGUGAUCCUGAUCUAGCACAAGCCAUAUCCCUCCUAAAAGAGACUGGCAAGUUCUCUAUCCGUGUGGUUGUGUUUGGUCACAUGCAUAAAGAGCUGGCUUAUCGAAAUGGUCUUCGCAAGAUGAUUGUGGUUGGUGCUGACAACACUAUAUACCUGAAUGGGGCCAUUGUUCCUAGGGUUAAAAGAUUGAUCGAUGAACAAGGAACUGCUGACCGAAGCUUCAUGAAUAAUGAAACCCCUCCAACGCCGGAGUCUAUUGGCACAAAGCGAGCCUUCACUUUGGUAGAAAUCUUGGACGGAACAGUGGAUAAAAUUGCAGAAAUUUGGGUUUCAGUUGUUGGAGAUAAGACUGCAUUAGAAGAAGAGCAUGUUUUAUUUAAAAGGGGCAGUUAGCUUUCCCUUGAUUUUAUAUUCCGCAUUCAGUCUCAUCAGAUCAAACACUAGGAACAUAAUAAUUUCUGUUGAAUGCCAUGUUGGUGGUGUAAAUUUUAUACCUUGUACUCUGAUUGUACGUCUCUUUGUUGUUGUUGUUAUUGAAUAAACGAAUUACUUGACACAAAAUAGAAGAAAAUGUGAAAAUA